GUUGGAAACAUGGCGUCCCGGUGCAGCCUCUCUACUUUAUUUCCUAUCCAAAGUCAGCUGGAUGUCGCCCUAGAUGACGCCACGACGCCGCAGGAGAAAGAAAAUUUGGUGCUUCAGUAUUUGAAAGUACUAGACGAGAGAGACGACCUGAAGAUACCUGAUUUCCAGACAGGCUUGGAAUGGCUGAACACGGAGGGGCCUCUGUCUUUGAACAAGGAGCUGGCUGGCAAAGUGGUGCUGUUGGACUUUUUCACUUACUGCUGCAUCAACUGCAUGCACAUCCUGCCUGAUCUGCACCAGCUCGAGAAGAAACACUCUGUUAAAGACGGACUGGUUAUUGUUGGUGUGCACUCUGCCAAAUUCCCAAAUGAAAAGGUCCUCGCCAAUGUUCGCAGCGCUGUUCUCCGCUACGACAUCUGCCACCCAGUGGUCAACGACGGCGAGGCGCGCCUCUGGCAUGAACUGGAGGUGUCCUGCUGGCCCACGCUGGUCCUGCUCGGACCACGUGGCAACCUUCUCUUCUCCCUGGUGGGCGAAGGCCACCGUGACAGGAUGAUGCUUUUUACUGACAGCGCCCUCCGUCACUACAGGGAGCAGGGCCUGCUGAAGCCUCACUCGGUGGGGAUCAAGCUGUACAGAGACUCCCUGCCACCCAGCAUCCUGUCUUUUCCUGGGAAGGUGGCCAUAGACAACAGCAAGAAAACACUGGCCAUAGCAGAUACUGGGCACCACCGGAUUCUGGUGGUGUCCUCUACCGGUCAGCUGUCGCAUGUCAUAGGAGGACCUGAAAGUGGGAGGCACGACGGCGACCUGUCUGAGGCUUCCUUUAACUCCCCUCAGGGUGUGGCCAUAAAAGGAGACACGGUAUACGUGGCUGACACAGAAAACCACCUGGUCCGAAAGAUUGACCUUUUAGAGGGAAGAGUCAGCACUCUAGCUGGCAUAGGAGUUCAAGGCACAGACAAAGAGGGUGGGGCCAUGGGACCUCAGCAGCCAAUCAGCUCUCCUUGGGAUGUGACUCUCGGCACCGCCGGUGGCGUUGAAGAUAACGUGCUGUGGAUAGCCAUGGCAGGGACCCACCAGAUCUGGGCUUUGUUCCUAGAAGAUGGGACUCUGCCCAAAGGGAGUGAGUCCAAGGCGGGGACAUGCGUGCGAUGGGCAGGCAGCGGCAACGAGGAGAACCGAAACAACGCCUACCCACACAAGGCCGGCUUUGCUCAGCCUUCAGGUCUGGCUUUAGCCCCGGAGGAGCCGUGGAGAUGCCUGUACGUGGCCGAUAGUGAGAGCAGCACCAUCCGCACGCUCGCACUGAAGGAUGGAGGCGUCAAGCUGCUGGUCGGCGGAGAGAGAGAUCCAAUGAACCUCUUUGCUUUCGGGGAUUUAGACGGGAAAGGGGUGGACGCCAAGCUGCAGCAUCCUCUCGGUGUUUCCUGGGCUCCUGAACAAAGCCUGCUCUAUGUGGCUGACUCCUACAACCACAAGAUCAAGGUGGUGGAUCCAAAGACAAAGCAGUGUAGCACAUUAGCAGGGACAGGAGAGGCUGGAGAUAGUCUGGGUCCUGAAUUUAACAAAUCCUGCUUCAACGAACCUGGAGGGAUCUGUGUCGGCGACAACGGGAAGCUUCUUUAUGUGGCAGAUACCAACAACCACCAAGUGAAAAUGCUGGACCUCGACUCCAAGACUGUCUCACUGUUCCCUAUAUCCAUGGACUGCACAGACUCAGUACCCACAAAGCCUUCGGCUCCUGCCAAAGCCCCCACGCUGCCUAAAUCAGCUGUCAGGAAAGCAAUGCCACCAGUAGCAGCGUCUGCGGGCCAGACUCUCAUCCUGUCACUCACACUGUCCCUUCCAGAAGGAAGCAAACUCACUGAAGAAGCUCCCAGCUGCUGGGCUCUGUCAGCUGAGGGUAACGAGUGGCUGCUUGACAAUAAGGUGGUUACCGGUGACAUUUUGGAUCUGUCGAAGCCCCUCUCCAUCUCAACCAAACUUCCAGCUGUUGUGAAGGAACCAAACAGCAAUCCGAGCCUCACUUUGGGGGUAUGGGUGUACUACUGUACGAAAGCAGGUAACACCUGUACAAUGAGAGCAGCUGCCUUCACUCAGCCUCUUCAAAUAAGUGCCAAUCAAGGUGGGAAAGAGAUCACUGUGGCGCUGACUCAUGCCUUCUGAAACCGCUUACUCGUCUUUGUCAAAACAGCCUAAGAAUUCACACUUUGUGCUGUUGCGACGUCAGUUUAACUUCGGGUCUCUUGUUCAUAGUUCUGGAAGAAGGAAAGAAAACAGAUUGUUUCUGAAGGGGCUGUCAACUUUUGACAAAAAUGCAUUUCACACAAACCUGAUUUUCAGUAGAAUUUCAUUUCAAACUACUCAGAAGCCGUCUCUACAGAACAUAAUGCAUCAGUGCUGUAAUGUCCUUGACCAUGCGUGACAUUUAUUGAUAGGAAUGCAAACAGAUACAUCCACAGGCAUCUUAUAAAGGUGGUACAGCAACCACAGCAGCAGCCUAAAGAUCUAUAUAGUAAUAUAUAUAUAUAUACAAAGUCCCAAGGACAGGUUGUACCAGCUAAAUGUAAGAAAACUGUCUCCUUUAGAAAUUGCUGUUUUAUAGAUGAAAAAGUUCACCUCAAAGACACUUUCUUGUACUAAAUGUACACUGAAAAUAAAAGCAACUCUGCAGAUUUAAUGAGAAACUAAGAAAUUAUGAUGAUCUAACUGGCAGCUGGUGAUGAUGGUGUCAGUGAUGGACAGACCAAUACCCAGGGUUUCUGUCUUUUAACACUCUGGAGGAUUUAAAGCUCUUUCAGAUAUUAAAAGUAAAAGCCGAAGCCUCCGAUUAGCCUCACGUUUUCACCUGAACCGGCAGAUGUGAAUUUCAAAGACACAAAAAAAAUUAUUGGAAGCUUUCUGUUUGUGUUUGAAACCAUUUCUCUCAAGAAUUGUUAAAGACCUUUUUUUCUUUCAGUCCCAGGAGUAAUUAUAUAGUAGGAAUAAAAAAAAAGAAAAAAAAAGAGAGAGAGACAUUUUAUUGGAGCUGAUAUUUGAUUCAGAGUUGGAGAAAGACGUUUUGUUCUGCCUUUGCUCGCCCAAGCAUUUCUUUUGAAUGCUAAUAACGAGUUACGGCCAUUUAUCUAUGCAGAGACUCGCAUUUUUUAUUAUCAUUAAUAUAUUAAAGAUGUCCAGCAAUAGAGUAUUAAUUCACAUCUUUACUUCAUGCUUUUUUUUUUUAAUAAUAUAUUUCAGUGUUUAUGUGUGCGGUUUCUUUAGUUUACAGCCACCCAUCUUUAACGGUGGCUUCAGGCGCCUCAAUCAAUCUUUCAUAAAUAUUUGUCUACAUAUGAGUAUGAGUACCCUUAUGUUGUUUACAGAGUUCAUAGUCUCUUAAAGGUUGCACUCAUAGCUUAAAGCUUUGUUCUCUGUAUGGCUGAACAUUCAUUCACUCAACAUUCAUUAUGUUUAUUCAGGACACAAGGAGCCCUUUUGAUUCAGAUCAUAAAAUGUAGCUGUUGUGUAAGUGAUGAAUAAAGUGCCUGUGCCUUUUGAUAACCGACCUCUUGAACUGAUAACGGCGAAUGACUACUGCUUGCUAUGCGCACGGAGGGAUAUUGUAUUAAGAAAGUCUUAUUAAAAUCUCUCUAUCAAGCAUCAUCACUCCUCUACAAAGGGAACAUAAUAUGAAAUAGAUUCUCUAAUGAUGAGACACUGUAAUACGUUGUGUAUUUUGUUGUGUAAUAUUAUAUGAUAAUAUGGAAGUUGUUAUUGUCAUUUUCCCUUAUUGGUUUUCAAAGUUAUGAGCUGUCGUCAGAACUGGGCCGGAGAGUGUUUUGAUUAUCAUCGCUGUCAUCAUGUCUUAUAACGUAAUUGUGCUUGUCAGACUGUUUUUAUUUGGUUUGGAUCGCUUGGCCCAAGUGCCUUGGAAACGCGGCGUUACUGUAUGAAUGGUGUGGACCGAUGACACUUUGACUGUAUCAGAAGCAAUAUCAACAUAUUUGUGUUUUAUUCCCACAUUUUUUUUUCUUUUUCUUUUUCCAAUGAACAGCAAAUGUCUUGCCAGUGUGUCUUCUCUGCUCUGUGCUCCCUCUGGCAUCUUUUUUAAUGAGCAGUAAUGAGCUUGAGUGGCGGCCGGUGGGCAUUAAGUUCCUGAUUGUGUUUUCUAGCUCUCACUUGUUUUCUUCUUACUGUAACGCCUUUUCAGGCACAUAUUGGCAUGCUUUUGUCUUCAAGGGUACCUAGUUAAUACAUCUUCUUUUAAAUGCUGCACUUUAAAGAUUCAGCAAAGCAAGAAAAAAAACUAAUAAAACAUUUUAUAUAUU